GAAUAAUGCCUAAUGAACGCAUGCCUUUCGAAACAUAUCUAAUACCUAUAAGAGCUUUGAAGGUUGUUUGUGGCUUCAUGCAUUUACCUUAACUGCUCGAUCAUAAAAAGCCAGUUGCGACCAGCUGCAACCAAACAAUUACCACUAAAUUCCACGUUCGCGACCCCACGCGUCUCCCAUCAUCUUUAUCUUAUGUACCUACAACUUAGCCAAUUCGUAGCCAUAUCUUGAUAUUCUUCUAGACACCAUUUUAUACUCUACCUCCCGGUCUCUAUCAAUCACUCUCUUCUCAUCAAGAAACUCCAAGUGCACAAUGCCGCCAGCCGGUCCCGCCAGAGACGACAACGAGAAGCAGCAGGCCGCACAGCAAGCCGUCGACAUCCUGCAUGAGAUAUCCACCAUCCUAAAUUGCCAUCUCGACCGUCGCACGCUGUCCAUCUGCAUCUCCAUGAUUGAGAAUGGCGUAAACCCAGAGGCCCUCGCGAACGUUGUCCAAUUUCUACGCAAGGAGGCACAAAAGGCAGAGUUCUCGCAAAGCACUGGUCGAUGAGAUAUGCGAUACGACCUAUUCCAAGAGCAGUACGCCCUUUAGGUAUCCCGCAUAGCCAAGGAGUUUGGAGUUUUACUCGUAUUCACUAGCUACACUUAUAAACACCAUAGAAGCAUGGUAUAUUUAUAGAACAAUGACGUAUUAUUGAGUGUUUUCGUAUGCAAUAUAUAGGUACCUAGUCAUGAACAUUCUCCCAAGGUUCACGGACACCGGGAUGGGUGAGACAGAAUACCACUUCCUUCCUCUAUACCCACCUAAUAUAUACUAAUUUGCAUGCCUAACCGUUGCUGUAUACUGGAUGUCAACUAUUUUUACCCAAACCCUACUAGAAUUUCGUUAUGCGCUCAAUGCCCCCCGGUACCUAAACGCCGUCCCAAUGUCAAUCCUAAGCCACCACAUACGACUCUAAUCCCUCAUGUUUAGCGGUGCCCAAGCAGUUCAAAGUCAUCUAUCUCAUCAUCGUCUCCUUCGUCCUCCUCAUCCUCGUCUUCUGAAGACGAUAUAG